GGCCGCGAAUCGAGGUCCCCUAGGCGCCAAGCUCGAGCGACAGGCCCGCGCGGGUCCGAGACCAUGGAGGGCACCUUGGCCAAGGAGACGCGGGAUCGGCAGCGACGAGGCAAGGAGGCCAGGUUCAAAAGCACGACGCCGCAGACGCCGUCCACUGUGCAAAGCACGUCACUCCUUGGCAUGAUAUUGAGUUAAGCUACGUGCCGUAUGUGCCGUGGACUUGUGCCGCAUUCCGCAUUCCGCACUCCGCAGCUAUGUACCGUAUCAUGGACAUUGUAUGCUGGAGCGGCUUCAGACGUCUCCUACCGAGUAUCCGUACGUAUGUACGUAGUAGAGGGCUCUGCAACGUCAGUGGAAAGCCGCCGUCUCGUGUGCCCGACACGAGCGUCUGUCUCAAUGCCAUUAGGAUUAGGGGUUCCUCAAAGAUAGGGCUUGCAAUGCAAGCAAGCAAUCCAGUGCACUGCAUUGCAGGCCAACAACCCCCAAGUCCCAUCAGUGGCUUUCUCAAGGACAAAGUCGACCGAAGCUGCCUUGGUCCCUACCCACGGAUGCAUGCUUCCAACGUCGGCUCCCGCUUAAUUAUUUGUUGUUUCCAUGCGGGUGAAAAGUUGGAGUCGGCGCUGGCGUUACAUCCCAGGCGUAGGUGUGCACACUUCACACAGCACAAUUGGCCCAACAGGACCGGUUGCGCGCGGCCAAGCAUGGGAUGGGUGAUUCAUGAUGAAUACCAAAUCGAGAUACGGAGCAGCUCCCGCAGGCAGUUGGAUGUCAGUAACUCGCAGCGAGGCGGUUGCGACCGGUAUGUAACUCGAGCUCUCGCAAACUACACUCCUUACUGUACUAUAUGUACCACACGAUCCAUCCAGUGAAACUCGACGAUGUGAUUUGGACGCUCCACUUUGGCGUCCAAAGGCUAGGGCCGAGUAGUAGCGCGCUGUAGCAGGAGCAGGAGCGAUAGCGGUAGCAAGUGUCGGUCAGGUCAUGUCUGGUUAGGGAAGUUGAAGUACGUUGGUGAUGGGAUCAAAUUCGUGCCGCACACCUCAGCUCUCUCCAUGUCAUUGUCAGCCUACCUUACCUGGGUAGGCAAUAAGGAUUCGACGGGAUUCCAGUCCCAGCUCAGAAAGGAGGAAAUGUAGCAGAAGCGGGAAGGUAUGGAUGAUGGAGGUGACGGAAGGUGAGGCGGCCGACAGUUCAGUCCCAGUCCUCAG